CUGCCCCCAACAGGUCUGUCGGAGGAGUGCAUCGUCCAGACUCCAGCCUUCACCGAUGCUGUGCGACUUUACAGGCAAGCCAAGGGACACUAUGGUACCUGGGAUAUGAUGUGCGGAGCGCCCCCACAGAUCCUGACUAAUCUGGUGAUGGAGACGCUUCAUCCCGAGCUGAGAAAUCUCAUUGGUCCUCGUCUGAGGGGGAAGCUGCAGGACAGACAGAGGAGCUGGAUGCUGAUCUCCGACGCCGUGUACAGGCAGGUGUUGUCACAGGCGGCCAAUCAGUAUGAAGCUCUGACCGGUGCCUGUGAGGCCAAAAAGGUUCAGUUGGAUGCUGCUCUGCGCACCGACAUGGACCAGAUCAUCACGUCUAAAGAACAUGUUACUGGCAAAAUACAAGCGUUGGUGUUGCCCAAAGCAGAGCAGCUCCUGCAGACCAGCAUCCAGCCGUACAUCAACUCCAUCCUGGAGGCCUUGAUGGAGCCCACCAGCCGAGGUUUUGCCGAGGUCAGAGAUGUUUUUUUCAAGGAGCUGGUCGAGAUGAGCAAGAACUCCCUAAACGACACAGGCAAGGAAAAAGUGGGAGAGCACAUGGACAGGUUAUCCAUGCUGGCCUUCCACCCGGUGAAGAUGCAGAGCUGCUAUGAGAAGGUGGAGGAGCUAAACCUGGAGGGGUUGCAGCAGCGGUUUGAUGUCUCCAGCCCUUCUGUGUUUGUCAACCGAGCUCAGAUACUCAUGAGGGAGCAAAUGGACAACUCUGUGUACACAUUUGAGCAGCUGCUCAACCAGUCUUUGGAGAGUAAGGGAGAAGAGGACCUAUGUAAGACCAUCCAGAGAUGCCAGGACAGAGUUCUCAAGAAAUACGACUAUGACAGCAGCACCGUGAGGAAGAAGUUCUUCAGAGAAGCUCUGCUGCAGAUCAUCAUCCCGUACAUGCUGAAGGAACUCUCGCUGUCCUGCUCAUCUGAGCUGCCUCACUUCAAGGAGCUCAUCUUUGAGGACUUCUCCCGUUUCCUGCUGGUGAACAACAUGUUUGAAGAGGUGGUUCUGCAGUCAGUCACCAAGGACAUAAUGAUGGCUGUGAAGGAGGCGGCCGUCCAAAGGAAACACAACCUUUACCGGGACAGCAUCAUCCUGUCCAACAGCGACCCCAACCUGCACCUGCUUGAAGAAAAACCCGCUGUGGACUGGGCCACUAAAUUUGGAGCCAAUGAGCCAGAGGAGCCUGUAGAAGGUGGAUCUGUGAACAGGCGCAAGCAGGUGGUGUCCAUCAUCCAGCUGGACGAGGUGCCCAUUCCCUACGAGUCCUGCAUGGAGGUCCCAGGAGUGGAGCUUAUCCCAGAAGAGGAGUGCAAGGACAUCCAAGAGGAGGAUGAGGAGACCCCACUAUCUCCUCUGGGUCCAAAAUCCCCUGAUAGCGUGGGUGAAAUCAGGGGCCUGAUUAAUCCAGUGGUGGAGGUGGUGCUCCCGGUGACAGAGGAGGACGAGAGCAACCUGACCAACGGGACAGAGGUGAGGACUGACACCUUCACCAUGGAUGAUGGGGUUCAGGAGAAGGUGACACACAUCACCACUGUGGUGGAGGGCGUCCCCCGGAAAUCCAUCCGAGACAAGACAUCCCCGCAGGACAUGCUGCGGCAGCUGGUCGGAAACAAGAAACAGGAAACUGAUGCACAGCAUCAGGAGGAAGCAGCCAUCAAGAACGCCAUCGAGGAAAUAGAUGCGGCAGUGCAGGAAGGUGACAGUGAACAGAGCGCCGAUUUUAGUGCGGCAGAGUCUGAAUCAGCGCAGUCAUCUGUUGUUAAAGACUCCGUCUUCCAGUCACCGACCCAUAAGUUGCUGGAUAAAGGUGAAGCUCAGCCUGUCGCAAACACAGCCAACGGCGAGGAUAAAACGGUCACGCUGGAAGACAUGCAAGUGGAUUUUGUGUGAGAUGUCAACUUGCCACAAAAUGACUCCGAAACUGGAGAAGCGGCAAAGUGUGCAUCAGAUGCAAACAGAAACAGAAAGAACAAAGAAUUUAGUUGAAGAUACCUUCAGUGAUGCUGCACACUUCAAAAACAGUUUCACAGUCCAGGUUUGAACAUACUCUGAUUUCUAUGUGAUGAUUUUCUUUAUUUUUUUCCUCUCUGUUCAGCUUUGCAGCCACUAAAUUCAACAUAGAGAAUCUACUUUAGUAUGCAAGUUGCACCAGAAGGAUAAUCAAACUGGUAAUCUACACUUUCUUAGAUUCUGUUGACAAUUUGCCAGCAUAUUAUUAUUAUUAUUAUUAUUAUUAUUAUUAUUAUUAUUAUCACAGCAGUAGUUUACAAAUUUUGUGGUGAAAACAAAAAAAAAACUUUUUCCAUUUUAAGCAUUUGCAGCCUUUUUGGACUGUUAGUCUAAUCGCUGCUGUACAUAACCUAAAAGCUUUAAGAAUAAACAGGUAAAAAAAAAAAAAAAAAAAAUACAACUUACAAGAAACUUUCAGUUGAGGUGCUUAUUUAUUUUUGUGCGUGGGGGGUUUACUCUUUUUUUAAGAGGCCAUCCGUGAUCUCAAAUGUAGGUUAUUUGGUAACAAUUAGAAAUGCACACAAAAUACAUAAAAUAGUACAUUCUGAAUAUUGUAAUAAAGAAAAAAUUAAAAUCCUCAUUUUCAUUAUUACUAAACAAAAACAAAAAAUGUUAAAUUGGCCAUGUAACUGCAUGUAAAUGGAAUCUUGACUUCAAUGGAUCAGCAGAGGUCGCUGUAGCCAACCGUUACAUGUGCAGGAUUUGUUUUUUCCUAAUAUGUUUUAAUGUAGCAUUUUUUUUAUUUACAGAUGGCCUUAAUGUUUCAACUCUAGAAGAUUUUAAAAUGCUGAUAGAGAAUGAUAAAGCCUUGCACGUCUUUUCUUUUCGACAUCUGUGGAGGAUUUAAAAAUAAAUCAUGUUCUCCAUGGAUGUGGAUCACAUUAGUGUAAAUAUCUGAAUAUGACGAGCCUUUAAUCAGCAGGAGACUCUGAUGACGGUUUCUGACAAAAACAACAGUUUUAUUUUAAAACUGCCGUGUAGGUACUUUGACUCGAUCAUGACAAA